UGCAUCAGAGGCAAGGAUGCAGAUUACUGUAGGAAAACUCUUCCCCCUGGGCUGGUCAUUAAAACAUCUGAUAUACCUGAUGCUGGACUUGGUGUUUUUGCUACAACAUUUUUUCCUGCUCGGACAAGAUUUGGACCUUAUGUUGGGAAGAAUAAGAGCAUUGAACAGUGUCAUGACUCUAAGUAUUGUUGGCAGAUCAUGAAGAAUGGAAGGCCAUCCUAUUGUGUAGAUGGUGGUGAUAGUUCUGAUUCUAAUUGGAUGAGAUUUAUAAAUUGUGCACGUUUUGAGGAUGAGCAAUGUGUCACAGCAUACCAACAUCAGGGUGAAAUCUUCUACAGGGCUCAUAGGGACAUACCAGCUGGCACAGAAAUACUGGUGUAUUAUGGUGAUAGUUACGCCAGAGACCUGGGCAUUGAGGUAGAUAGGGCUAACGCUGUUAGCAAGAACAGUUUGCUAAAGAAUAUGAGCAACAAGAAUGAUUGCAAUCCCUGCAAGUUUUGGAGAGUUUCUUCUUAUUUAAAAUACAAGCAUGGAGAAGAAAUCUUUGACAAGGGAGACCUGAAAUUCAUUGAUAUCUCUAGUGAGCAUUCUUCCCCAUCAUUCAACUUAAAUCAUCACAAGAUAAUCCUCAUGGAAUCAAGGCCUCACAAAUGCACAAUAUGUAACAAAUGUUUCAAGCAGCAUAAACAUUUACAGCAACAUCUAAAAACUCACACUGGAGAAAAGCCUUACAAGUGUGACCAUUGUGGUAAAUGUUUUAGUCAGAGUGGUCAUUUAAAGUCACAUAAACCAACGCAUAAUAGUGAAAAACCUUACAAGUGUGCCAAAUGUAGUAAAUGUUAUAAAAGAUUACCAAGCUUAAAAUCACAUCAACUUACUCAUACAGGUGAAAAACCUUUCAAGUGUGGCCAAUGCAAUAAAUGUUUUACAAAGAUAAGUUAUUUAAAUUCCCAUUUAAGAACUCAUACUAGAGAAAAACCUUACAUGUGUGACAAAUGUGGUAAGUAUUAUAAAAGCAAUUAUGCUUUAAAGCAACAUCAGAUACUACAUGCAGAGGAGAUUCCCUACCAGUGUGACCAAUGCAAUAGAUGUUUCACACAGCUACAGCAAUUUAAAAGACAUCAAAGAGGUCAUACAGGUGAAAAACCUAACAAGUGCGACCAGUGUGGUAAAUGUUUUACAUGUAAGAGUCUUUUAAAGCAACACCAGAAAAUUCAUACUGGAGAAAAACCUUACAAGUGUGACCAAUGUGGUAAGUAUUUUACUUGGAAUAGUACUUUAAGGCAACAUCAGAUACUGCAUGCAGAAAAGAAGCCCUACCAGUGUGACCAAUGUAAUAAAUUUUUCACACAGCUACAGCAAUUUAAAAGACAUCAAAGAGGUCAUACAGGUGAAAAACCUUACAAGUGCGACCAGUGUGGUAAAUGUUUUACAAGUAAUAGUGUUUUAAAUCAACACCAGAAAACUCAUACAGGAGAAAAACUUUACAAGUGUGACCAAUGUGGUAUAUGUUUUACAAAUUUUAGUAAUUUAAAUUUACACCUGAAAGCUCAUAUUGGAAAAAGGUUUUACAUGUGUGACCAGUGUGGUAAAUGUUUUAUAAAUAAUAGUGAUUUAAAGACACACCAGAAAACUCACACUGGAGAAAAGCCUUACAAGUGUGUCCAAUGUGGUAAAGGUUUUACAAAAAAAAAUCAUUUAAAGAUCCACCAAAAUAUUCACACUGGACUAAAGCCUUACAACUGUGUCCAAUGCGGUAAAUGUUUUGGGCAUAGUGGUAAUCUAAACUUACACCUGAAAUUGCAUAAUGGAGGAAAGCCUUACAAGUGUGUCCAAUGUGGUGAAUGUUUUACAUGCAAUAGUGUUUUAAAAAAACACCAGAAAAUUCAUACUGGAGAAAAACCUUACAAGUGCAACCAAUGUGAAAAAUGUUUUACAUAUAGUUGUCUUUUAAAAAAACACCAGAAAAUUCAUACUGGAGUAAAACCUUACAAUUGUGACCAAUGUGGUAAAUGUUUUAUAAAUGCUUUUGAUGUAAAGAGACAUCAGAGAAUUCAUACACAAGAAAAGCCUUUCAAGUGUGCCCACUGUGGUAAAUGUUUUGCACAAAGUGGUAAUUUAAAUUUACACCUGAAAGCUCAUAUUGGAAAAAAAUCUUAGAUGUGUGACCGAUGAGUUAAAUGUUUUAUAAAUAAAAGUGAUUUAAAGAAGCAUCAGAAAAUCCACUGAAUAAAAGCCUUAUAAUUGUGUUAAAUUUCUUACUAGGCAACAUCACUUUUGAAGAAAUCAAAGAGUUGAUAGAGGCAAAAAACAUUCCAGGUCUGAAUGUCGUGUUACUAGCUUGACAACAAACUUGAUUGAAAUAGAGACACCACAGAAUCGUCACAUGAGAAAACCUUAUUAGUUUGAUUCAUAUGAUUUCAAUUGUUCUAAUCACUCAGAAAAAAUCCAUAAAAUAUUUCCUUGAACUUGCCUCUAUGGUAUAAUUUGUUAGUUUAUGUAAC